AAGGAGGGAAACGCGCCGCUUCCAGGGGACACUGCACUCCUGACUCCUGGCCCUUGAGGAGACAGCUGUGCCCAAGUGCUGCUGUGCUGCAAGGACCCAUCUCUGCAAUGAAAGCCAUGCCUUGGAACUGGACUUGCCUGCUCUCCCACCUCCUGAUGGUAGGGAUGGGCUCCUCCACCCUGCUCCCCCGGCAGCCACCCCCGCUGUCCCAGAAGCGGUCUUUCAUCACAUUCCGAGGGGAGCCCACUGAGGGCUUCAAUCACCUGGUGGUGGACGAGAGGACAGGGCACAUUUACUUGGGGGCCGUCAACCGGAUCUAUAAGCUCUCCAGUGACCUGAAGGUCCUGGUGACCCACCAGACGGGGCCAGACGAGGACAACCCCAAGUGUUACCCACCCCGCAUCGUGCAGACCUGUAAUGAGCCCCUGACCACCACCAACAACGUCAACAAAAUGCUCCUCAUAGACUACAAGGAGAACAGGCUGAUUGCGUGCGGGAGCCUGUACCAGGGCAUCUGCAAGCUCCUGAGGCUGGAGGACCUCUUCAAGCUGGGGGAGCCUUUCCACAAGAAGGAGCACUACCUGUCGGGAGUCAACGAGAGUGGCUCGGUCUUUGGAGUGAUUGUCUCCUACAGCAAUCUGGACGACAAGCUCUUCAUUGCCACGGCAGUGGAUGGGAAGCCCGAGUACUUUCCUACCAUCUCCAGCCGGAAGCUGACCAAGAACUCAGAGGCAGAUGGCAUGUUCGCUUAUGUCUUCCACGAUGAGUUUGUAGCCUCUAUGAUUAAGAUCCCCUCGGACACCUUCACUGUCAUCCCUGACUUUGAUAUCUACUAUGUCUACGGUUUUAGCAGCGGCAACUUUGUCUACUUUUUGACCCUUCAGCCUGAGAUGGUGUCUCCCCCAGGCUCCACCACAAAGGAACAGGUUUAUACAUCCAAGCUAGUGAGGCUUUGUAAGGAGGACACCGCCUUCAACUCCUACGUGGAGGUGCCCAUUGGCUGUGAGCGCAGCGGGGUGGAGUACCGCUUGCUGCAGGCUGCCUACCUGUCCAAAGCAGGGGCUGUGCUUGGCCGGACCCUGGGAGUCCGUCCAGAUGACGAUCUCCUCUUCACUGUCUUCUCCAAGGGCCAAAAGCGGAAAAUGAAAUCUCUGGAUGAGUCGGCUCUGUGCAUCUUCAUCCUGAAGCAGAUCAAUGACCGCAUUAAGGAGCGGCUGCAGUCGUGCUACCGGGGUGAGGGUACGCUGGACCUGGCCUGGCUCAAGGUGAAGGAUAUCCCCUGCAGCAGCGCGCUCUUAACUAUUGAUGAUAACUUCUGUGGCCUGGACAUGAAUGCCCCCCUGGGAGUGUCCGACAUGGUGCGUGGCAUUCCCGUCUUCACGGAGGACAGGGACCGCAUGACCUCUGUCAUCGCAUACGUCUACAAGAAUCACUCUCUGGCCUUCGUGGGCACCAAGAGUGGCAAGCUGAAGAAG